UCGAUGGGGAAAGACAAGAACUGUACGUCCACCCGCAACCCCCUCAGGUCUUCUAAGAUCGCGACACUGAAGUAAUGACAGGGCGAUGGGGUGUUAUCUUGGACGCCGGCUCCUCGGGGACACGACUACACAUAUAUCGUUGGAAGGAUCCCGAGAAGGCGCUUGAAGAUGCGUCGCCCGAGGAGUUGCGCAGUCUGCCCAAGAUCACGACGAAAAAGAAGUGGACAAAGAAGAUUAGACCCGGAAUAUCGACAUUCGGGGAGAAGGCUGGGGUAGUCGGCGAAGAUUAUCUGAAGGAACUCAUCGACCAUGCGCUCGACAUCAUACCCGCAGACAAGAUCCACGACACCCCUAUUUUCUUAAUGGCCACGGCUGGCAUGCGACUUCUUCCCCAGGUCCAACAAAAUGCCAUAACCGGCGCUGUCUGCACAUACCUACGCAAGAAUACGAAAUUCUCACUCCCGGAUUGCGACCUACAUAUUCAGGUUAUUCCGGGCGAAACCGAAGGAUUGUAUGGGUGGAUUGCGUCUAACUAUCUUCUUGGGGGUUUCGAUCAUCCAAAGCAACAUGCGCAUGGAGAGGAUCAUCACACAUAUGGGUUCUUGGACAUGGGAGGCGCAUCAGCGCAAAUCGCAUUUGCACCUAAUUCAACAGAAGCCCAAAAACAUGCGAACGACUUGAAGCUCUUACGAUUACGCACACUCGAUGGAUCGCCAGUUGAGUACAAAGUGUUUACGACGACAUGGCUAGGGUUCGGCGUCAACCGGGCGCGGGAGGCGUAUGUACAAAGCCUCUCGGACUUGUACACCACUUCCGAUGCCGGAGAGCUCCCCGAUCCGUGUCUACCAAAGGGGCUCAGGUUGUCACUGGAUGGAACUCCAGUUUCGAAACCGAAGAAGGGCGAGACCACUCUAAUUGGUACAGGCGCUUUUGACGAAUGCCUUAGGAAGACUUAUCCCCUGCUUGGCAAGGACAAACCAUGUGCGGAUGACCCUUGUUUGAUCAAUGGCCAGCACGUUCCAGCCAUUGACUUUGAUGUCAAUCACUUCGUUGGAGUCUCCGAAUAUUGGCACACCACACACGGUGUCUUUGGUGGUAAGGAAAAUGAGGCAUACGACUUCACUACUUACCAAAAGCGGGUCAAGGAUUUUUGCGGCCGAGACUGGAACAGCAUCGAACCAAGCCUGGAUGCCCACAAGAAGUUUGCGGUCAAGGAUGCUCAAGAAGCUUGUUUCAAAGCUUCCUGGCUUAUAAACAUCCUGCAUGAGGGUAUUGGUGUUCCUCGAAUUGGUGUCGAAGAACUUCCCGCUCCGGGCUUCAACGCCUCGAAGGGCGCUAUCGAGACGGCCAAACAGAAGGGUUUCCUAGACCCGUUCCAUCCGGUGGACAAGAUCGAUGGCAUUGAAGUUAGCUGGACACUUGGCAAGAUGGUUCUCUAUGCAGCAGGUCAAGUACCUCCCAAGACAGGUGACGAUCGAUUUCCUGUCGGUUUCGGUACUAAUAUUCCUUCUGCCGGGGCAACGGAGCUACCACCUGAUUUCCAGUACGCAGGUUCGACAUGGACACCACUCAGCGGCGGAGCCAGCCGCAACGACUCCCCCUACCGCCCGGCCGUCAAUGGGACUACAGACGAUGGCAGUGACUGGGAUUUGGAAGCCGAGAAUCUCCUUGGCAAGACAAAGGCCAAGACCACUCACAGUCUUCUCAUCUUUUUCUUCAUCUUCCUCGCGCUGCUGUUCUUUUUCCGCAAGAAAGAUAGGCGUAUGCGGUUCUAUGGCCGUGUCAACAACCUCUUCCAUAAGCCCCGCCGUUCCGGCCUGUUCGGCAAGAUGUCAUCGUCCGGCCACAAUAACGGCCCCCUCUCCAGCCUGACAAACAAGCUCUUCGGCCGUCGCUCCCUUUCUUCGGGCUCUUAUGAGCGCGUUCUGGAGGAAGGCGAAGCCGCCGAGUUCGAGCUCAACGACUCCCACUUCCGCAACUCCUCAGCAUCUUCCUACUUUGACCACAACAACGACCUCAACGGCUUUUACUCUGACUCCAGCGACAGCAGCUCUAGCGGAGGGGGACGGUCCAAGCUUGGAAUUACGUCAGGGCUGGCAACGCCCAAGCUGAACCUGGAUGGCCGGUUUGCUGAUCUCGGCUGCGGCAACGGAGUAAUGACGCCUGGCGGCUCGGCGCUCGAUAGGGCGGGCUUAGUGGUCAGGACUGAUAGUCGAGAGCGGCUGGGGUUGACGCCUACAACGACGACUAUGAGUUUGCAGGGGAGGAGGAGCCGGGCUGGUAGUCCCACGAGGCUGAAAAGUCCUUUGAUGUCGCCUUUGCAAGGUUAAGGCGUCGAGGCUCAUGUGCCUCAAAGUUUUGUUACGAAAAGACAACCAGUCGCCUUGUGCUUGAUUGAACGAUUUGUCAUGGGAAACGGCGUUGGCGGAUGUUUUAUGGGUUUUGCAUUUCUACCUUUUACCUCUGUAUAUGGUACUUUCUUGAUGAUGGAUAAUUGUUCUUGUAGGAGGUUUACGGCCAUGUCGUCCAACGAUUUUUGUAUGAUGACAACGAUACGGGUGGUCUUCAAACCCAUCUGAGCGACGGGCUUUCAGUAUAUUUCUAUUCUUCAUUCUUCUCCAUUGCCAACAGGUAGCUAGUACGGCUUUAUCACAAAAUUUUGGAACAAGAUACCUCAUUUUCAUUCGCAAA